CGUCAGCCUGGAGCUCAGCGCUAUCCGAGCCCGGGAGGAAUGCUUUUGUGUACAGUUCAGCACGGGUCUCUAAGACAACCCGGGCACACCGUGGCCCUGCAGGGACGCACCUGCUCUCCCAGACCUGCGCCGUGUUUUCCUGCCACAGGCGGGGGGGAGAUAGCGUUGCUAGCGAACCGUCAUGGAAAUUACACCGUAUCAUUAAUGCAUUUAAUGACCGGACUAAGCGUCAAUAUGUCGAUUGAUGCGGUCGCUUUAGAUGUAAAUUUAAAAGUGUGCUACGUGUUCUCUUCGUUGUUGCCGUUGUUGUGUUAAAUGAUAGCGGAGCUACUACAGUGAGAAAGUUGUUAGUAGCCUACUGUCCUGGACGGACAACAUCGGUGUUGCACGCGACAUUUCGAAGGUUUUAGAUUUUGACCAGUCCAGGUUUUCUGGUCGAUGUGGAAUGUGUGUCGGCUGUAGUUCUCGGGGGUUCUGUUUUUAACCUGGACAAGUGCGCUCUUAACGCAGAAGUCAUGAAAGACACCGGGGAAUCUAAAGACCACCAGUUUACCGUGGCGUUGCGGAUCCGUCCGCUGAGCGAGGCUGAGCGUGAGGAGGCUGCGAACAUCGUGGCUCACCGAGUGGAUGAACAGAUGGUUGUUCUGAUGGAUCCAGGUGAGGAUCCUGAUGAUGUUUUGCGGGCUCACCGAUCCAGAGAGAAGACGUACAUGUUUGACGUGGCUUUUGAUUGCUCUGCUAGCCAGGAGGAGGUGUAUCGCGCCACCACUAAGGGCUUGAUCGAGGGGCUGAUCUCGGGGUACAACGCCACGGUGUUCGCUUAUGGGCCGACAGGCUGUGGAAAGACCUACACGAUGCUGGGUACGGACAGGGAUCCGGGGAUCUACGUGCGGACAUUGAAUGACCUGUUCCACGCCAUCGAGAAGACGAGUGAUGACAUGCAGUACAGCGUGUCCAUGUCCUACCUGGAGAUCUAUAACGAGAUGAUCCGUGACCUGCUGAACCCAGCCUCUGGGUUCCUGGACUUGCGGGAGGACUCCAAAGGCGAGAUCCAGGUGGCGGGAAUCACUCAAGUGUCCACCAUCAAUGCCCGUGAGAUCAUGGAGCUGCUGAUGAAGGGGAAUAAGCAGCGCACACAGGAGCCCACAGCAGCCAAUCAGACAUCGUCCCGCUCGCACGCUGUGCUGCAGGUGGGCGUGAGGCAGCAGAGCCGCUGUCAGGAUGUCCUGCAGGAGGUCCGAUUCGCCCGACUCUUCAUGAUUGACCUGGCAGGGUCCGAGCGCGCCUCUCAGACACAGAACAGGGGUCAGAGGUUAAAGGAAGGUGCGCACAUUAACCGUAGCCUCCUGGCUCUGGGGAACUGCAUCAAUGCCCUGAGUGAGAAGACUGGGAACAAAUACGUGAACUACAGAGACAGCAAGCUGACGCGUCUCCUCAAGGACUCUCUGGGUGGGAACAGCCGUACGGUGAUGAUUGCGCACAUUAGCCCCGCCUCUCUGGCCUUUGAAGAGUCGCGCAACACCCUGAGCUACGCUGACCGUGCCAAGAACAUCCGCACACGGGUGAAGAGGAACCUGCUGAAUGUGUCAUACCACAUCGCUCAGUACACCAGCAUCAUCUCUGAUCUGCGCAGCGAGAUCCAGCGCCUCAAAAACAAGAUCUCUGAGCAGACAACACUGAGCAGCACUGAGCAUGCGGACAUACGUCAUGUACAGGCCCAGGUGCAGGCGCACUCAGCGCUGCAGAGCCGUGAGGAGAUGGACCAGCUCAGGGAGCAGCUGAUCCAGGCUUUCCGCCAGCAGAUGGAUGUCCGCAGAUCUCUGAUGGACCUGGAGAACUGCAGUGUGGAGAUCCAGGUGGACACGUCCAAACACCUGCUCACCAUUACAGAUUGGGAACAGGAGCAGAGCUGUCGGACCCUUAAAUGGCGGGCGGAGCGGCGUAAGGAGCGCACGAAUAAGGACGACAGCGAGGACUGCGACUCGCCCGAGACCCCGCCCGACAGCGCAGAGACACCGGAGGUCACCCGGGCCAGAGAGAGCCUUCUCACGCUCAUGGCAGAGCAACAGAAAAUACAAAAGAAGAAGGUGGCGCUGGAGAGGCGGUUCCGGGAGCUGCGGGAGGGGGCGCGGCGGGUGGAGGAGCUGCUCCCGCGCAGGGUGAGUUCAGACGAGCAGCGGGAGGUUCUGGGCCUGCUCUGCAAGGUGCACGAGCUGGAGAUCGAGAACGCAGAGAUGCAGUCCCACACCCUGCUGAAAGACAACCUCAUCCGGCAGAGCAACUGUGUGGUGCGGAGAUUCCAGCAGCACAGACACCUGUGUGACGAGAUCAUUCAGCAACAGAGACAGUUCAUCAACGAUCACAGGCUGCUGGUGCCCCAGAGGUUGCAGCAGCUGUAUGAUAUGUACUCCAGGGAGCCGGAUUACAGGAGCCUGGAGCAGGAGAAGGUCACCACCCUCAGGGACGGGUCUGUGGUUAAGAUGGCAGUGCCACUGCAGGAUGUUGAGUCGGACCAGGAGAGCGUGCGUACGCUGGGUUCUGAUCCGCAGGCCAGACGCAGCGCGGGAAGAAGACACACCCUGCCGCCCAUCCUGGCCCCCCCCGAGGGCGAGAGUAACCGGGUGUUUAAGAACAGCCCCCAGGCCCGGCGGGUCCAGCACGCAGCGGUGAUGACCCCACCCCCGAUCCACAUCAACGGGCUCAGCAGCCAGGAGGGCAGCAGCCUCCGGCACAGCCACCUGAGCCACAGCGUCAGCAGCCACCUGGACUCCUCCCACGACAGCAGCAGCGACACGGGACCCGACGCCCUGCUGACCCGCCACGAGAGGCAGCAGAUUAUCAGAGGGGUAAAGAACAUCGCGGUUAAAGCGGCCUGCCGUCGGUCCUCGAGCCAGGCCACGCCCCUCUCCCCGCCCGCCUCCCCAUUCCCUCCUAGCAAGCACAAGAGCAGCCUGUCACUCAUCGAGGCCACGCCCCUGAGAGGCCCCGCUCACCGCCCCGCCCCUCCCAGCCCCCGGCUACAGCACGCGGCCUCAUAUGACAACCUGUCAAUCAACGCUGAAAGGCCCCGCCCCCGCCCCACCCUGCAGGGCACCUGGACACGCCCCCGGCUCCGCCCCCCCGCGCCCGGCGAUGUCGUUGCGGACCAGCACCUCCAGGCCCGGCGGAAGAAGCGCUCACGCUCGUUUGAGGUCACAGGGCAAGCGGUCACAGCUCCAGGUGUGGGAACCCUCGACAGCACCUCAGACCCCCACAUCAGUGGCCCGCCUCCUGCCCCUAUGCUCCGCCCACAACUCCGCCCACAACAACGCCCCCAGCCCAGAGCCGUCCCCCCAUUGGGCAGAGCAAAGCCUCUGCUCAACACACACCAUGCAGGUCCUCCAGUCAUCUCCCCCGGCCCCCACCUGGGCCCCCACAGACGCAGAGGUCACCCGAGGCCCCCCCAGCCUCUACUGUUCAUCAGCAACGCCCAGCCUGGGGCCCCGAGAGCACGCAGACACUGAACACUCUGAACACACUGAACACUCUGAACACUCUGAACACCCUGAAUACCCUGAAUACCCUGAAUACCCUGAACACCCUGAACACUCUGAACACUGAACACACAGAACACACUGAACACUGAACACACUGAACACUCUGAACACUCUGAACACUGAACACUCUGAACACACUGAACACACAAACACUGGACACACUAAAAGAGAACAUGCAAACAAUGAACACACUACACACAAACUCUAGCCACAAACACUGAAAACACAGAACGCAAAAACACUGAGCACGCUAACACUGAACACACAAGCACUGAAAACACUGAGCACUUAAACACUGAACAUGCAAACCCUGAACACAUAAACACUCAACACAUAAGCACUGAGCAUGCAGACCCUGUCCCCCACCAUCAAAUUCAAUUAACAAGCCAAAUUAACAAGCCCAAUAAUCAAACCCAAUUAACAAGCCCAAUAAUCAAACCCAAUUAACAAGCCCAAUAAUCAAACCCAAUUAACAAGCCCAAUAAUCAAACCCAAUUAGCCAGUCUGUCAGUGGCUUCAUAGGACACCAGUACUGACCUGCAGCCUGUUGCACCAGUAUAAGUAACAUCGAAGUUACGCUGUAGUCAGUUGGAUUUAGACGAAAGCUGUCUUUGAUCAGCACUGUGAAUAUGUACGCUACAAGGUAAAUAAGUACUUUAGAACAUUGAUGUGUACAGUGAUGUUUUCAUCUUCAGUGAUACUGUAAACCUAACACUACCUACCUCAGCAGCUAGCACUUAUGUUUGUUAUGGACCUUCAUUUGAUGCAUUUUGGACUGCGUGAACUGUUUUUUGUUUCUUUAAUAUUUAUUGCUCUCCAACCAUUAGUAUGAAAUAAAGUACAUCUGCUAUCUUUUA